AUGGCUCGCAAUUUAGCCGAAAAUGUGAGAAAAUUAUUACUACUAGGACAAUGCGUACCUACAGUUAAACAAAAUGCAACAAAAAUUAGAGUAAAGAGGUUAGAAUUAGACGAAAAUUUGCUAAUGUAUUUUAGAAAGGAUGAAUUUUACUACUGUUAUGAUCCAGAAAAAAAAUGUCAAACUGGGGAUAUUGUACUUAUAGAAGCUUUACCUCGGAAAUUAACUAAACUCAUUACUCAUCAAGUAAAAGAAGUUGUAUAUCCGUUUGGUGAUGUUACCGAUCCAGUUACUGGUAAAAAAGUAGCUAAAGAAAGAUAUAGAGAUGACAUUGAUAUACAAUCUGAAUUGUAUGGAAAACUAGAAUCUGCAUUUGACUACAAAAAAGCCCCACCUAGAGGUUGGCAAGAUGGAAAGAAGGACUUCACUUCAAAACCAACAUACACUAAAUUCCAUGUAUUUGAUGAAAAUGACCCAUAUGCUAUUUAA